AUGACGGGGAAAACCAACAUAUCGACGGUUGUUAUGCUAAUAAUGAGCCGAGGACUUCUCAUUCAUGAAGGGGGAGAUCUUUACGAGAGUAAGGAGAAAUUGAUCCAUGCGCUUCGCACAUAUUCCAUUGCAAAAAAUGUGAAGUUCAGGCCAACUAGAAAUAAUACUACAAGCUAUAAUGCGGUUUGUUUCUAUCGCAAAGAUGGCGAUGAUGAAGAUAUUGGUGGACACCAUAACAGCAAUGUGAAAUGUCCGUGGAAGCUUAAUUCACGCUCCGGUGUAAGAGUAGGCGGGCAAUUCAAAAUCACGGCAUACAACGGACUCCACACUUGUAGCAAUCCUCGAUUAGAGAUGAAUAACAAGAAUGCAUCCUCUUCCUUCAUAUAUCGAUUGAUUUUACCGCAUCUGAGGGAGGAUUUUGAUCUAAGGCCGAAAGAUAUUCGUCUUCUAGUGCAAAAAGCCACCAACUUGGAUGUAUCAUAUCACAAGUGUUGGAAUGCUAGGAGGAAGGCGAUGAUAAAAAUAUUCGGUGAUUGGGAUAAAUCGUAUGAGAUCUUACCUCAUUAUCUUAAAGCACUCAAAAGAGAAAAUCCGGGGACUAUCUACAAAGUAUCUUCGGACCCUAUUGAUGGCGGAGAACGGCGGUUCACCGGUGUAUUUUGGGCAUUUGGGCCAUGUAUUGAGGGGUUUCGAUAUUGUCGUCCUCUUCUUAGCAUUGAUGGCACCCACUUAUACGGCAAGUACAAAUGCGUUUUGCUUGUUGCCACCAGAGUUGAUGCGGAUGGCGGUUUCUUUCCUUUGGCGUUUGCAGUGGUUGCUAUUGAAAACACAGAGAAUUAG